CUCCACUGAUCUCUUAUUAGUCUUAUUAAUAAUUCCUAAAUAUUAUUUUAAAUCAGAUCAAUGUUUUAAAUAGCUCAGCGACAGUGUUCAGACGCCUUUGACAAAGCGAAAGCACGAAGUUCUGGAAGAUGGAGUCACGUUUAAGAUAUAAAGACAAAAUUGUCAUAGUUACUGGAGGUUCAAAGGGAAUUGGAGAAGGAAUUGUCCGUGAAUUUGUCAAAGAGGGUUCUAAAGUCGUAUUCUGCGCACGCGGAGAGGCAAUGGGCAAAAAACUGGAACAGGAAUUAAAUGAAAAAGGUCCUGGACUGUCAUGUUUCAUUCCGUGUGAUAUAAGAAAAGAAGAAGAUUUAAAGAAUCUGGUGGACAAAACUAUUGCGAACUAUGGACAAAUUGACUGCAUAGUAAACAAUGCUGGCUGGCACCCGCCAUCGACACCUAUUGACGACACAACCACCGAGGCCUUCAAGUCUUUGUUAGAAUUCAAUUUAGUUAGCUAUUUUUUACUUUGCAAGUUUUCCCUCCCCUACCUGCGUCAAACUAAAGGAAACAUUAUCAACAUAUCGAGUUUAGUGUCGAUGAUUGGCCAGGCAGGAGCUGUGGCGUAUUGUGCAACAAAGGGUGGUAUAGCGUCGAUGACGCGUGCACUUGCGGUUGAAGAAGCAAAGCAUGGUGUCAGAGUUAACUGUGUAUCACCGGGCAAUAUCUGGACUCCAUUGUGGGAUGAGUUUGCCUCUGGGGAAGUUGACAAAGAAAGUGCUAUAAAAGCUGGAGAAAAGGCGCAGUUGUUAGGCAAAAUGGGAACGAUCGACGAAAUUGGAAAGUGCUGUGUUUAUGUUGCCGCAGAAGGCAGCUUUCUUACAGGCAUCGACCUUCCAUUUUCUGGUGGCGCUGAGCUGGGCUAUGGACAAAAAUCGCAGUAGAUAACUUAUUUUUCUAUUUUUAAAAUCUUCUAAUUUUUUUAAAAUUAUUUUUGGGCAGUACUAUAUUAAUAUCGAAUAAUGAAAAUAGCGGAAUAUUGUAAUUAAGUAAUACGUAAAUUGAUGUAAUAUAGGGUCAAUAUUUUAAUAAUAAAA